AUGUACCGUGCCAUCUACGCAUCCCCAUUUCGUGCCACUAGCCUUGUAAGGCCUCAUAUAAUUCCUCGUUCGACUGUGUUUGCCCGGACGAUUGUGACCAAACGAUACACCAAGGAUCACGAGUGGAUCUCUUAUGAUUCUGAGACCAAAAUCGGGACAAUUUCUAUCACUAAAUAUGCUCAGUCACAGUUGGGAGAUGUCGUGUUUGUCGAACUCGCGAGCAAGGGUACGACGGUGGAGAUUGGAGAUUCUCUUGGAGCUGUUGAAAGUGUCAAGGCCGCCAGUGAUAUUUAUGCUCCAGUAUCUGGGACCAUCAAGGAGCUCAACUCUGCAUUAGAAGGAAAACCUUCUUUAUUAAAUGAGUCCCCAGAGAGCGAAGGCUGGCUUUGUAAAAUCGAGGUAUCGGACCCAUCCGAGAUCGAGAAGCUUUACACGGAAGAACAAUACAAGAAGUUUUGUCAGGAGGGUUCGAUGGACCGAAAAGAAUUGGAGACAUACCAGGUCCAGCUUUCGCAAGUCGAAGUUGCUCUUGCAUCGGAUCCUGAUAAUGAAGAGCUGACGUCUUUGCGUUCGGAGCUCAAGGAGCUCAUUUCCCUGACCGAGGCAGCCCUUACGCAAGAAACAUCUACUCCUACGGCCUCUGGCUCUGCCACGAGUGCCCCUGCCAGCUCAACCAACAACCGCAAACAACCGGCAACUCCCGCAGCCUCGUUGCAAGCUGGCGACGAAUGCCUUGCAAAAUACUCUGGUGAUGGUCAAUGGUAUCCUGCCCGGAUUAUAUCAGUGGGUGGAUCUGACGAACGACGUGUAUUCUCGAUCGUGUUCAAGGGUUAUAACUCCACCGAGCUCGUCGAUGCACCAUCGGUGAAACCAAUGCCUGCCGGUGGCUAUCGCGGUCACAACGCUAUGAUGAAUAAGCGCAAGUUGUCUCCGGAGGAAGAGGCCGAACGCGAGCGCAAGAAAAAGAAGAACGAAAAGAAACUCGAGGUUCGCGCCCAAAAAGCCAAGGAGCAAAACAAUAAGCAGGCCGCCUGGCAAAAAUUCGCAAAGAAAUCCGAGAAAAAAGGUGUGGCUAUUGCUGGUGUGCAGGGCAAUAGUAUAUUCAGAACUCCGGACAAUCCACACGGCCGAGUUGGCGUUACUGGUAGCGGCAAGGGGAUGACGGAAUAUGCUGCAAGGGAGAAACAUAAAUUUACUACCGAGGAAGCAUCUUGA